AUGCAUACAAACACUCCCACCAGUCCUGCUGCUGGGGGGCCCCACAGCAGCAGCAGCAGCAGCAGCGGUGUGGGGCCGUCUUGGGUGGGUACCCUAUGGGGGGGGCCCCUAGGGUUAAGUGGCUGUGUAGAAGAUUUAAGUGGUAUAAAAGGGUACGUUAGGGGGGGCCCCGGAGGGGACGGAGAAAAAAAGUACUGCAAGGGUAAGGAAGGAGCAGCAGCAACUGUCUUGCUGCCUAGUAGCUGUGCUGUAUGGUCACUGCAGCAGCCGCAGCAGCAGCAGGAAGAGGGAGAGGAAGAGGAAGAGGAGGAGGAGGAAGAGGAGGAGGAAGAGGGCCCCUGGGAGGGAGGGGCCCCUUGGGAGGACGCAGCAGCAGCAGACACAGCAGCAGCAGAAGAAGAAGCAACAGAAGAAGAAGACGCAGCAGCAGCAGCAGCAGAAUAUGCAUAUAGUGAGGAAGGAGAGGAGGAGCUGCAGCAGGGCAAGAAGUUCUUGGGUCUUCUUGACCCGACUGCUGCUGCUGCUGCUGCUGUUGCUGCUGCUGCAGGCAACAGAAAAGUUAGCAGCAGCAGCACCUUAGAUGAGCUUGCUGCUGCUGUGCUGCAGUUGUUGCAGCCGCUGCUGCACUCAAGAGAGAUGGUAGCAGCAGAAGGAGGUAGAGGGGGCAGCGGCAACAGCAGGAGAUGUCCCUAUUCAGCAGAGAAGGGGGAAGCAGGGCAGCAGCAGCUGCUGCAGCUGCAGCUGCUGCUGCUAGCAGAUGCUGCACUUAUAGGGUUCCCUAAUGCAGGUAAAUCCCUGCUGCUGUCUUCCCUCUCCCGCUGCAGUGCAGCAGCAGCACCGUGGCCCCACAGCACAACAAAGCCACAGAUCGGUCAUGUUAUGCUGCAGCAGCAACAGCAGCAGCAGCAGCAGCAGCGGGGGAGCAUCUCUAUUGCUGAUCUACCUGGGCUGCUGCCUGGUGCAUCCAAUGAGGCUGCUUGCUGCGCUGCUAGGCAUGCAGAGGGGGCAAAGCUGCUUGUGCUAGUAGUAGAUGCUGCUGCUGCUGCUGCUGCGGACGGAAGCAGCAGCAGCAGCAGCAGCAUGUUGGAUACGGUAAGCAUGCUGCAGCAGCAAUUGCUGCUGCACUCCCCGCUGCUAGCAGCAAGACCUUCCUUAAUAGCAGCAACUAAGUGUGACUUAUGGCCACAAGAAACCCUUAAGAAGGUAGAUCUGCUGUGGCAGCAGCAGCAGCAGCAGCAGCAGCAGCAUGCUGCUCGUGUACAGCAGCAACUGCAGCAGCACUUUGAUAGCCUAUUCGAGCGCCAACAGCAGCAAAUCCAGCAACUGCAACACGAGCAGCAGCAAAUGCAGCAAGACUAUAUACUACAGCAGCAGCAGCAGCAGCAGCAAAGGCGACUGCAGCGGAAGCAGCAGCUCGUGCAUCUGCUGCUGCAGAAAUUGCAGCUGCAGCAGCAGCUAGAGGUUGUCCCUGUAAGCGCCAGAGAGAGCAUAGGACUCAACUACUUCGUGCUGCAGCUGCAGCAGCAACUGCAGCAGCAGCAGCAGCAAACCACAAUUGUAGAUUUGCUGCAGCUGCUGGAGUGGUCCUUGUUUGCUGACCCGUAA